AUGGCGUCUGCCGCGACCUAUAAGGACCGGCAAUUCCUCGCAGUCAUUGGUGACGAAGACUCUGUGACAGGUCUCCUUCUCGCUGGUAUUGGACAUGUCACUAACCCUCCUGAUGCCCAACGCAACUUCCUCGUCGUCGAUUCCAAGACCGAAACAUCGGAGAUUGAGCGGACCUUCCAGAGCUUUACCCAGGAGAGGAAGGACAUUGCUGUCGUCUUGAUCAACCAACAUAUCGCCGAGCGCAUCCGUCACAGCGUGGACACCUUUACCGACCCUUUCCCCGCCGUCCUCGAAAUCCCCAGCAAAGACCACCCCUACGAUCCCGAGAAGGACAGUGUCCUUAAGCGCGUCCGCCGGCUGUUUGGCGAGUAA